AUGGUUACCAUUGAUCUUGCAAUGACUUUCGUCUUCGCCAUAGCGGUUUUGAAUUUAAACAGUGUGCCCAGGGUUCUGAGCUUCGAUUGUGUUGUACGCGACAUUUACGACGGCAAAGAUGCCAUUGCCGUCACCCAGGCGAUAUGGAAGUGUCUCAGUGAGUCGGCGGAGAUGUAUGAGGACAAGGCGCUUGGUCACUCAAUGAAGGUUUGCGGCUGCUACCGAACGUGGCCCUCUGAAAGCCGGGAUUGGGAGCCGCCGGUUGCCAGGGGCCAGACCCCACCAAGGCAAGUCUUCAUCCCGAAAUUCUGUGAUAGCGAGUCUUUUUUGAAAAAGUGGCGAUGCCAGUGCACUGUAAGUCGUUGGGAUGUACGAGAUCUGCAGUACCCUAGAGCGGCUGUCGAAGAUGUCGUUCGGCUGUCACUCGAGGUAAGAGAAGACAAGAAAGACGGAAUUCUUCGGGCAACGACGUUUAAAGUCGUUGCGAUGAGCGGAGAUAUUGGUGACAUGAAUUGCUUGGAAUUCACGACGUUUAAAGGUGCUUAUCUCAAAGUCUGGAUCAGUGGCGUUAUGGGCAAGGAAGCGACUAGACCCACGGCCUGA